AUGGAAGUAAUAGCGGACGAUCAAGGAGCUCCAGGUGCCCGCAGUUUUCUUGACUUUGUAGAAAAAAAUCAACACUCACUCCAUUUCCUUGAUCGCGAUCGUGCCUACCUGAUCACUGAAGUGGAUCCCACUCUAGCCAAUCAAGUAUCGUGGCCACAACGCAACGCAGAUGUCGCGGACAUGUUCCUUUUUAUGCUCAAAUCGCAUUGGAUAUCCGGUAGAUACUAUGAGGAGUACCCGGACUCGGACUUUACGGAAUUAUGGGAGGCUUCGAGAUAUAGUUCAAGUCACGCAGAAAGCGCGUGCAAUAGAGGCGGAAAUGGAAACUCCGGGUCUAUCGAAGAGCAUAUAUUUUGCCUUCAAACGACUGAGGGCUCUAAGAUUCGAGCAAAUUGGGCCAUUCUGCGUCCUAUUUCGGACUAG